AUGUCUUCGACUGCUGCACUAACAAACCUACCACUGAAUAUAAUAUUCCGAAUACUUCUAGAUUUAAACAUCGAUGACCUACAAAAUAUAGGGAGAACUUGUACACUACUUCGAACACUUGCCAACGAAAGCAUAAUGUAUAGAAACACCAUGUUUUACCAUGCCCUAAGUGAAAAUGAUAGUAAUAGUGCUUCCGUCUCUCGGACGUGGACAAAGAGACUUGUUUUUGAUGUAUUCGACAUUUUGAAUGGUAACAGGAAAAUGUUGAAUUUUCUCAAUAGAGGAGAGGAACCUAUAUCUGUGGUAGAAAUGAUGAGCUUUAUUCAGAAGAAAUUUAAACUGGGAGAGAACGAAAUUUUACAGAAGACGAUAACUUACGAAAAACUGGAGAGUGAAAAUUCAAAAAGUAAUAGUAACAUUGCCAGAGAGACUUUAAGAUAUAUUAAAAUUUUAAAUGGAAUUAACCAUAUAAUUAAUGCUCAAGGUAAGAAUUUAAACAGAGAUAUAGGGAAGAGUAAUGAUGAUGUUAUUUCUAUGGUCCCUGAAAAUGCAAUAUCUGAUAUUGAUAGUGCAACUCCAUCACCUAUCACGUUUAAUCAUUCUAGAUCGUCUACUUCAUCCACCCUCUUUUCUGAUACCGAAUGGAACUCACCUGCCGAGGAUCAUCCAAAAAUUACCAUACCCAAGGAUGAGGUUAUGGAAGGAUUGAUGCAAAAGGUAAGAGAAACUAAAUCAAGUAAAAAUAACAAACCAUCAAUAGACGAAAAACUUCGACUUGAAAAGGAGGAUACGAAUACACCAAUUGAGGAUGAUUCAAUAAUUAAACUAAGAAAUUCAAAAAAAGUAAAGGAUAAAGCUGCUUUAUUUGAGAAGUUUUUAACUAUUCAGGAGAAAGAAGAAAAAAAUAAUCAAACGAAAUCAUACGGAUCCCUAGUUUCAAAGGAUGUCAAUACUCAUCGUCCCAUGAGAGAUAUAUCCAGAUCAUAUUUACAAAACCUAGAGAAGAAUGGUUCAACUCCAAUUGAGAGACCAGUCAAUUUUAGGACGAGGAAUAUGUCAUUUCAAAGAAAUUUCACAAAAUAUAGGGAUCUAAUCGAAAAAGAAAAUAAUAAUAAUUGUAACAACAACAAUAGAGUUAUCAGUGAGAUUUUACCUGCACACAAUUUUGCAGAAGAGACUGAACAAAACCUCGACCUCAGGAAACGUUCUUCACGAAAUAGGCUAAAAGUUGUUGCUGCAAAUAAUAAUAAAAUUUCUUAUGAGAAAAUCUCUACCGGAAAAUAG